AUGAAGGCCAAGGGAGAAUUGAAUGAAUAUGAAGUUAUUGGGCGAAAGCUUCCAUCGGAGAAGGAAAAAAAUACUCCUCUUUAUAAAAUGAGAAUAUUUGCCCCAGAUGCUAUUGUUGCCAAAUCAAGAUUUUGGUACUUUUUGCGUCAGCUAAAAAAAUUUAAAAAAUCAACUGGUGAAAUUGUAUCACUAAAACAGAUCAAAGAAAAAACGCCAACGAAAAUUAAAAAUUUUGGAAUUUGGCUGAGGUACGAUUCACGAUCUGGAACUCAUAAUAUGUACCGUGAAUAUCGAGAUCUAUCUGUAAGUGGUGCAGUGACUCAGUGCUACAGAGACAUGGGAGCACGUCAUCGUGCAAGGGCACAUUCAAUUCAAAUCAUUAAGGUAGAGAUUGUUAAAGCAGCAAAUUGUCGAAGACCACAAGUAAAACAAUUUCAUGAUUCAAAAAUACGGUUCCCUCUGCCAAAACGAAUCCAACACAGAAACCGUAUGCCUGUAUUCAGCGUUCGCAAGCCUAAGACUUACUUCCUUUAA